AGCUAUUUCUGUGACAAACUUCAUCGCGUGCAGGAACGAGAUGCUGCAGCUUUAGGCAGGGGCAGGAGGGGCAGCUCCUCUCUCGAGCCGCUCCAGCGAGAACUCGGCUCCCAAGGCGCCGUUCACCUCCGUCUCUCGGAGAGAGAGAGCGGCAAGGGAGGAACGGGCUUGUUUCUGAGGCCGGUGGGAGCUGCGCUGCACAAGGCCGCCGCGCUGACUGGAACCGCGUUUCCCGCCGCUCCCCCUCGGGCGGGCGGCCCCGCCCCAGGCCGGGCGCUGUCGCCCUUUGCGCCUGCGCGGACGCCUGCGCCACAGCCUUCAUGAGUGCCGGCUCGGCGCGGCCAUGGCUCUGCGGCUGCUGCGCGGCGCGCCGGGGGCAGCGAAGUCAUUGCUGCUUUGCAGCUCUCUGAGAAGCACCAGCUCUAAGACAGGAGGAAGAUCUGAACCUGCUAAGCAGCCACUUAAGAAACCGAAGUUACCACUAGGUCGAUUUGAUGAACCAGAGGAGUCCAGUAUGGAGAGGGAACCCCUGGAAAAAUUCCCUGAUGGAAUCAAUCCUACUACAAAAGAGAGGGGUGGACCCAAAGGCCCUGAACCUACACGUUAUGGAGAUUGGGAAAGAAAAGGACGUUGUAUAGAUUUUUAAUGUAUAAAUGUAAUUAUUGCUAAUAAAAUAUUUCUAGUUGUUGAAAAAUAUAAUGUACAGAAAAAUCUCACCUAGAUUUGUUGUGAAGCUUGUUUCUGUCAUGCCUGUGAAUAGUUUUCUGACACAUUAUGUAAAUAAACAUGAUGCUGCAACUCAAUUUUUGGAACUGUUAUUUGCUCACUGUACACCUGAUCUUUAAUGCUAUUUACAGUAUGCAAGUAUAAAUGCAAGUGCAGUAAUGUUGAAUUGGUAGUCUGGAUCUUACUGAGAUGUAUAAGGGCUUGGGUUUCUUCAUGUAAAUAUUUAUGUAGUGUCUUAAAAGAACUUUGCAGUUCAUGAACGUAGAUAAUGGUAUUUAGCACAGUGGUUCGUUGGUAGAAGCCCCUUAAUCAAGAACCAUCCCAUCUGCUCCUGUUAGAGUGGGCUGGAGUUUCUUUCUGUGUGUGCAGAGGGGACAGAAACUCUGGUUUAUCCUGUCUCAGAUGGACAGGCUGGAAAUGGCAUAAUGGAAAUGAAGCCUUAAUUCCAGCAGGGACAGGUUGUGAUUGCAAAUAGCAUAGGGGUGCUCGAUAUGCAGUUCUGGAGUACUGUUCUUUAUAACCUAGCUUAUUCUGUGUUAUUUGCAUUAACUUUGCCUGGAUAAAUAGAGAUGUCUGUUUGAAAGCUGGCUAAAUGCUGCUCGAGGAAAAAUAACAUUACUAUCUCAUACCUUACGGUCAAAGGUCACUAGUUGCAUUAGAUGAUCUAAUAUUGCAGGUCUUGAAACAAAGUUAUGUGUCAUUGUACUCAAUAUCUUUCAGUGAGACUGAGCUCAGUUCUUCAUUCAAGAAAUUGCCUAGUUGUAAAUACUGUAGUACAGUGUAAAUCUACCACUUGUGUGGGUACUUACUAAUAAGAAUAAGCUGUCAAUAUUAAAAUGUGUGAACAUGUGCUCUAUUUCUGUGCAAGUUCUUUUUGAUAGCUCAAACAAAUGGAUCUUCUCUAGUCUUCAGCUGUAAAUGUUUUCUUCAUCCCUUUGUGUUUCCUUCCUGGUGUUUUGCUGAUUCUUCAGCAUCUUAUCUUUUAUUCUACCUGCUGCAGCUUACGUAUUCACAGUUCCUAUUAGCUGCUUUUGCCACAGCACCACAGUGGGCAUUAAAACUGAAUAAAAGUUCAUCGGAGAGCCCAGGACAGUCUCCUGUUUUAUGCCCUGCAUUUCUUUUUCCUGUAUGGAUAUUUUUGCCCUUUGCUAAGCAAAAGCACACUGUGCCUGAGUGCAAGUCAGCUUUACCUCACAAUUUCUGUUGGUUUGCAUUACUCUGGCUCUGUGUAAGAAUUCAAGGUUUUGCCCAGCUCUGCCUUUUGCAUUAAUUUAUCAGAGCAUUUAAGUGUCUCAGUCUUAUUGUAAAUAACCUCCCUAAAACUCGCAGGACUUGCAGCCAGUGGGGAAGCUCCUCAUUGAAAUCUGCCUCUUUGCACACCCAGUGUGUAUUUUAUUGAUGUAGUAUCACGCUAGUUGUAAGUUAAGGUAUUUGACUCAGUGCUGCGAUGCUCUACAAAAGUAUUAAGUCUGUUCCACUAGGUUUAUCAAAAUGAGGUUUACUAAAGCAUGUUUUUCAUAAAAUCUGUUGACUAGUGGUAGUUAUAUUUUGAACCUUUAAUCUUCUACAAACUUGAAUUCUGCAGCAUGUUUUGGAUAUUGGAAAAUUGGUUAGUUUUCAUACCUGAUUCAUUCUAGCUGCCCUUGUGUAGUGUGACGGCUAUGUUUUCCCAAAAUAUGUUGACAUUUUCCGUUACCUAAAGAUAUGCUGGGUCAGCUAUCUUUAAUAUAUGCUGUUUAUUAAAAUACUUAUUUCCAGUAAA